UGGUUUCAAGUCUCAUCUUAAAUGUCACUUCUUUAGAGAAACCUUUUUUUGAUAGCCCAGAGCAGGCUAAAGGUGUUUCCACAGUGGUCUGAAAUUUUCCAUUUUAAUCCUUCUGCUACUGACAAUUGUUUAUGAAGCUAGGAAUCAAAUAUUGAGAGCCUUUCAUAUAUAGAGAUACAGUAUAAAACAAACCAUACAAGAUCCAUGCCACCCAUGGGCUCAUAUUCUAGGGAGUGGAUGGCCAUACAGUAAAAUAGUCUUUUGGGUAAUUUCGUACAGUGAUUAGUAGUUCAAUGGGUAUUCUCUGUGCUUGAGCUGCAAACUCCUUGAAGGCAGGGGCCUUUUGUUUUCAAGCUAAUUCCAGUUUUGUAAGAACCUGAUCUGUAUUUUUUCCCACUAGUGUAAAAUGAACACUUUUUUCAUUUUACUAGAUAAAUGACUAAGUUCCAGGAUUCCUCUUCUUCCCAAAGCUAUCUUCAUUCUUUUCAUAAUUAGAACCAUUGUAAGAUUAGCAACAUUUACCAUCUGGAGUAAAAGGAACUCCAACUAAAUAAAGAACAUUUAGUUCACAUUCGUUAAGGACCUAGUGAUAAAACAGACCCGGAAAUACUAGACAUACUGGCUCAGGACUAGAACUCCAUUGGCACACAGCCAAGCCGUCAGUAGUCUAAUCCACUGUUUUUAAAAGUUGCCUUAAGCACCCAGGAUAUGAUCCCCUUAAUUUUCUUAUUUCUAAAGUGCUUCAGUCUCCCAUCACUCACAGGAUGGUAAAAAAGACACACUCAUUAAUAGGAACGGGACAACAUAAUCCUGUGUAAGGUCAACAAAGAAUGUGAUCUUUACACUAAAGAUCAGCAUCCACGUCCAAGAAAUUCGUUUACGAGAGCUAAGGACAAGUUGGGCUGGAAAACACUAGGAGACUCUAGGUUGGGCGCAUACGCUCACCCAAAAACCCUUCCCUGAGGGUAGCGCUCAGUAACUCCUUUCUUUCCAGGGGCGCAUGCGCAGCACACUCUCCGGCCACUGCACGCCUCCUCGGCUAACCAAGCCUCUUACGUCACCAAACGUGUAGAGAGGAGUUCUUCCGCGCGCCCGAGGAAAAGGAGUCCGCGCACCUUUCCUUCUCUUUGUGCACACAAAACGCACUUUCUCUGUCCAUCCCAGCUCCAGCGCCGUCCACAGAUCUUCAUCGGGAGCUCGUCUUUGUUCAAACUGCCCUGUGCGUCCGUGGAACACCGGAGGUUGCGGGGAGGAGAACACUGGCGUUGUUUACAGACGUGCGCGGCCGAGAUCAGUCCGCAGGGGCGGGGCUAGGCAGCCGGCGCUUUUUUUUUGCUCGCCCCUCCUUCCCCAGCCUUACCCUGCGAGCAGACGCGCCAGCGCCUCUGUCUCGCUUUUUCUUAUUUUCUCCCCCUUUCCCCUUCCUUUUCUUUUCUUUUUUCCCCUUCCCCCCUUCCACCAUUUCCCCUCGGAGGCGCUUCCCUCGGGCAGGGGCAGAGCCGGCCUCACCCCGCGCCUCUCCCCGGCCCCCGCCGCCCUAUGGAGAGAGGGCGCCCCCUCCUCACCCGGGCACCAGCGGCGGCGGUCGGAGGAGCGGGACCGGCGGCGGCGGCCUCGGGCCCAGGGUCAUCAUGGAAUUAGUUCGCUGAGUGACCCUUCGGCCGCAGCCGUGCGUCCCGCCCGAGCGCCCGCCGGCCCGGUUUGCCCUCUUCUCCCUCCUCAGACGGCCCGGCCCUGGUCCCGCGCGCCCCGCUGCCGCGCGCCGAGGAUCAUGAGGUGGUAACGGGCCCCCGGAUGACCCCGCGUCACCACUGUGAGGCCUACAGCUCUGCCGGGGAGGAGGAGGAGGAGGAAGAGGAGGAGAAGGUAGCUACAUCAAGCUGGGUGGCAGGCAGAUCCAAAGGGAUAUCAUGAAGUUUCCAGGACCUUUGGAAAAUCAGAGAUUGUCUUCCCUGUUGGAAAGGGCAAUCUCCAGGGAAGCCCAGAUGUGGAAGGUGAAUGUACCGAAGAUACCUACAAAGCAGAAUGUUUCUCCAUCCCAGAGAGAUGAAGUAAUUCAAUGGUUGGCCAAACUCAAAUACCAGUUCAACCUUUAUCCAGAAACCUUUGCUCUGGCAAGCAGUCUUUUGGAUAGGUUUUUAGCUACGGUGAAAGCCCAUCCAAAAUAUUUGAAUUGUAUUGCAAUCAGCUGUUUUUUUCUGGCUGCUAAGACUGUUGAAGAAGACGAGAAAAUUCCAGUGCUAAAGGUAUUGGCAAGAGACAGUUUCUGUGGAUGUUCCUCAUCUGAGAUUUUGAGAAUGGAGAGAAUUAUUCUGGAUAAAUUGAAUUGGGAUCUUCACACAGCCACACCAUUGGAUUUUCUUCACAUUUUCCAUGCCAUUGCGGUGUCAACGAGGCCUCAGUUACUUUUCAGUUUGCCCAAAUUGAGCCCGUCUCAACAUUUGGCAGUCCUGACCAAGCAGCUACUUCACUGUAUGGCCUGCAACCAACUUCUGCAGUUCAAAGGAUCCAUGCUUGCUCUGGCCAUGGUUAGUCUGGAAAUGGAGAAACUCAUUCCCGAUUGGCUUCCUCUUACAAUUGAACUGCUUCAGAAAGCACAGAUGGACAGCUCCCAGUUGAUCCAUUGUCGGGAGCUGGUAGCAUAUCACCUUUCUGCUCUGCAGUCUUCCCUGCCUCUAAAUUCCGUGUAUGUCUACCGUCCCCUCAAGCACACCCUGGUGACCUGCGACAAAGGAGCGUUCAAAUUACAUCCCUCCUCUGUCUCAGGCCCAGAUUUCUCCAAGGACAACAGCAAGCCAGAAGUGCCAGUCAGAGGUCCAGCAGCCUUCCACCUUCAUCUCCCUGCUGCCAGUGGGUGCAAGCAUACCUCUGCUAAACGGAAAGUGGAGGAGAUGGAGGUGGAUGACUUCUACGAUGGGAUCAAGCGGCUCUAUAAUGAAGAUACUGGUUCUGAGAAUGUGGGUUCUGUAUGUGGCACUGAUUUAUCAAGGCAAGAGGGCAAUGCUUCCCCCUGUCCACCUUUGCAGCCUGUUUCUGUUAUGUAGUUUCAAGUGUCACCUUCCAGUGUACACACUAAGGCUGACUACUCGAUGUGACACUAGAGACCAGGGAAGGCUGUAAGAGAAGGGCAUGUGCUUUAUCAGACUGAUUGAAGUGAGCCAGGAAAAAAGAAAAACACUCUUACUCUUUUGUGCGGUUACUUACAAUUCAACAUAAUUUAAUAUAAAGGCAUAUAUUUAUAGACUCAAGAUCUAAAAUAUAUUUAAAAGUAAAGCAAAAGUUCUUUGUACUAUGUCAGUUCUACUUCAUGGUUAAAAUAAGUUUGCCCCAUGUCAAAAAAAAAAAAAUCAAUGUUUAGGGGAAAGUUGCAAACUCACAGCUAGGAACCUUGUUCUUAUUUUCCUCUUGCCCUUUCUUGCCUUGGUUGAAUACUUACUAAGUUGUGUGCUUGUUGAUCUAUGUAUUCUGACUUUACUGAAUAAGUAACACCCACCUUUUCUUUUAAAGUAAUUCAGUAAGCAAAUUAUUUUUGUGUGGCAGCCAUGUUUAACCCACUGUUCAAGUGUGCUAGUUUGAAAAGGGCACUUUGAAGCUACCCCCGUGAAUCAGUGGCAGUAGAAAAAGUUCUCUUAUUUUGUGUGUCUCAAUUCAGUUUUUAGUUUAAAAAGAUUACUAUUGUCCUUUUUUGCUUGAAGCUUUAAAAAUAGCAUGUAAUUAGGACAUUUUAAGCAUUUUUUGACAUUUAUAUAAAAGAAUUUCUGAUAAAGUUAAUAUAUCCAGGUGCUCACCAAAGAAACAUGUAACAUAUACGUAGAGUUUUGUAACUGAUCUGUUUUCGCUCAUUUAUAAUCAGUAGAAGCAACUGUCUAGAUAUUGGGGCAGCCCUGAUUUGAGUCUGUAACUUAUAAUUGAAUUCAGUACCCUAGUUUUAUAUUACGCCAUUAGGAUUUUCUUGAUAAGGAGUUAUUCCCUUGUUUUUCUCUGAGCAACUCUGAACCCUGAGCUCCUUUUGCAGUCUGAAGACGGCACUGCAGUCAGAACCAUGUACUGCUGAUAAAGCCUCUGGUAGCAAUAAAAUGUUGUCCUUAA